ACCUGUCCAGACUUCACUGCGUACGCCAUCUGUUGCAGAUAAAGCUCCCAUUUUACAAUUUUCUGUACGUGACUUGACGCCAUGCGCGUGCUCGAGACGUCGACGGGUCGAUUCGUCGAUGUCAAUCCUAUUGAAGUCGAGUACGCCAUUCUAUCCCACACCUGGAGCGAAGCGGGGGAGCAGUCGUACCAGGACGUGAUCCAAUUGCACAAGUCCUUGGAGCGCAGGAGGGCGUCCAUCAUCCGAAUGGCGUACGCUGAAGUGACUUGGCGGUUCCUGGUCGCGCUGACGUUCCUCCUCCACCUCCUUUGCAUCGCGAUCAGCAGUCGCCAUUUGACGAGCCCCAUGCUCUGCUACGUGCGCGAGCCGGGAAGGACACGCGUAGCGAGAGCCCUGAGGCGGUACGUCGAGUGGCUGAAGAUCGUGACAUCUCUCUGCCGUCCCCUGGACACGAUCCUGGACAACCCCAUGCUAUCGGAGAAGAUCAGGAAGGCGUGCGGCGUUGCACGAGCCCAUGGGCACAGUCUCAUCUGGAUCGACUCGUGCUGUAUCGACAAAACGAGCAGUUCGGAGUUAUCAGAGGCCAUCAACUCCAUGUACUCCUGGUAUCGCUACGCGUCUGUGUGCUACGCGCACCUUGCAGAUGUUCCGGACGGCACUGUUGUCACGCAGGGCAGCGCCAACGAGGUGUUUCGCCAAAGCAGAUGGUUCAGGCGAGGCUGGACAUUGCAGGAACUUAUCGCUCCUCGCAUUGUGAUCUUCGUCUCUGCGCAGUGGACUUUCCUUGGGUCGCGCUUUGCCUUGGCAGACCUCUUACAGGACAUCACGGGUAUAGACAGUCAUGUCUUGACCCGUCAGCUGGAGCCAAAAGACUUUCCCGUUGCAGUCCGUAUGGGCUGGGCCGCCUGCAGAAAGACAACGCGGGUAGAGGACGAAGCAUACGCACUGCUUGGUGUCUUUGGCCUUCACAUGCAACCCAUGUAUGGAGAGGGCGAGCGUGCGUUCAUCCGGCUCCAGGAAGAGAUUCUGAAGCGAAUCCCGGAUGCAACCCUUUUCGCAUGGGGGCGGACGAUGCACUCCACCAUGGCUCUCUACAUGGACGGAGAAGACAAGUUCGCUGAGAACUGUCAAGGAUACGGUCCACCCCUUCUUUCCGCUGCCUUUGAUCGUGAAACGAGCUUCUUUGCGCGUUCACCCUCUUCCUACCAGAAGCGCGGUUCACGUUCAAGAUAUUCCCCUAUCUCUCAGGAGACCCUGCUCGCCAGACUGGGGCUCAGUGAUGGCAGUGCCUAUCCUUUCACGGACUACGCAGAAACGCCUUGCGGGACUCGCCUACACAUGCCGCUCAUCGCGAUCGAUCCUGAACCGAUGUCACGCUUCCUCAGCAGCUACGGCGACGACAGCUUCCUUGCCAUCCUCGCGGUAGAGUCCGAUGACCAUCCGGGAUAUCUCAUCGCGCGGCCUUGCUUCGCUCGGAUCCCAGGACCCUCGAGAACUAUACGAAUUCUCCGACCAGGCCAUAUCACAGUCCACCGACGUACGCCUACGUCCUGGAGUGGAGGAGCUCGGGAGACAACCUCUUCAUUCGACAUAAUCCCUAUCAAUCCUAAUGACAUCGAGCGCUAUCGCUCGGACAUGUGCUGCGAGCCUAUACACAUUCCGAACGCCAGGCCUCUACCAUCCUUCUUAGGCUCGGCACAUGGCUACAAUGCCGAAGAGGCGAAUGUCGCGCUAUCGCCGUGUAGCGCUACGAUUCUCCGGACGCAGGGAUACUCGAUCAUGGAGCGUGAUCUAGAUCUACACGACUCCGAGGAUGGGGCUACACGCCGCGCUCUCAUAGAGUUGUCAAGAGAUGACGAGGUUAUUUCCAUCGAAUACGAGUACCGCAUGCGCACCCAGUCCGGACCACAUAUGCGAGCCGACGUCCAGGCGGCGCGUUUUCCGUGGGCGAUAUCUCUGAGUGGUCGUAACCCCCGACUACCACUGUUCAAGCCAGGAAAGCAAAUACGAGGACUACGCUCACCGACAUCCUUCGUCGUCAACGGCCCAGCAGGCGAACACGCCUUGGUGCAUCUGACUCUGGAGUCCUCGUUUAAGUGUCCAGCGCAAUGGCUCUUGGAUGUCGAGGUGACGGGAGCCGCUAUCCUUGGAAGGUGGGGAUACAGUUGAUGUGCUGGCUGUGCGGUUCUGGGGUGGUCUGCCGAGAGGACUCAAGAACGCCGAAAAGGAUCGGCUGGCCAAAUGUGGAGAUGCUGUAGGGCUUAGACUGCAUGUUCCUAGUGACGCUCGUCUGCCUUAGCUUUGGCUCUUGCAGAAUGUAGGGAAUACAGUCACAUGGCUUGUCGAGCUAGAGGAGGUGCGUCAGCGAGAACCGUCUUGGUCUCUGAAUGAAGGUGGCUGUCACCGCAGCAUGUCGUGUGGCACGAGCGGACGUAACGCACGCGGUUUGAAGCACUUUAGGGCUAUAGAAGAAACCGGCUUCUCAUCUGUAGCAAUAGAGGAGUAUUUGAGCACAUGUGCAUCGGUGUAGAUGUUGGACCCGUCGCCCCGAACCUAGUCUGCUCUUAUACCAGGAAGUAAGACUGAUGGAUUUGG